AUGAAGCUCGCAAUCGUGAUUCUCUGCCUGCUAGGAGCAGCCUGUGCAAACCCAGUGUUGCACAAGGUGGCCAUGCAGAUGACAGAACAAGCAUCCAACUCUAGCUCGGAGGACAACACAUCUGAGAACAAUACCUCAGAAUCCAUGGAGUCUAAAUCAGCUGAGCAUACCUCUCACGCGAGCCAGAGCCACUCGCUGGAAGAACGGUUUGGCACAGGUGAAGCUCAAAUGACUGUUGACAACAGCCAAGGAAGCUCAGAGAACAUGCGCAAGAACCUGAUUCACAUCUUCAGCAUUCAGGUGGUUAGUGCUGAAGACAACAGAACAUCCGCUAGUGCAGCGUUAGAUAGCGACGAGAUCAACAAGUCUGCUGUGAGUCAGAAGGACAAAUCCAACAGCACCAGCAGUGAGAGCAGCGAAUCUGUCGAGAACCAAGGAAAAAGCUCCAACAGCAGCAGCAGCGAGAGCAGCAGCAGCGAGAGCAGUGAAUCUAUCGAGAACCCAGGAAAAAGCUCCAACAGCAGCAGCAGCGAGAGCAGCAGCAGCGAGAGCAGUGAAUCUUCCAACAGUUCCAGCAGCAGCGAGAGCAGCAGCAGUGAAAGCAAAGAGAGCGCCGAGAAACAACAGAAAGACUCGCACAGCAGCAGCAGCAGUGAAAGCAGCGAAUCAACCGGCGAGCGAAUCGAUCCUUCAGUCGACAGCAGCGCAAUGAAAAGCGGCAACAGCUCCAGCAGCGACAGCGAGAGUCACGAGUCCAGCGAAUCCGACGAGUCCAAAGAGAGCGCCGAAAGCAAGCAGAGCCGCUCGAAGGAGUGCCAAUCCGGGAACAACAGCCAGGACUGUGAUAGCGAAGAGUAUGUGAAGCACAACGUCGGAGACGACGGAGCCAAGGAUCCGUUCAACGGCUUCCAUACGCCCAACAGCAUCGAGCAUGAUGUGCAGUUCUGGAGAUGA